UUUGGGCGAGUUGGAAACGAAUAUGCCCGAGUGGAGAUAAAUAGAUUCCAAAAUUUGGAGAACUCAUCUGCUGCCACGUGUCCUCCUUACCUGGCAACCUCGGCAUCGCCACAGCCCAACCGAAAGCAUCUUCCAUCAAUACCCUUGCCUUGCCACUGCCCUCCCACCUCGUCAUCCCCGGUCCCCCUCCUCCCCUCAAAUGGCGCUCGUCUCUUCUGGAACAUGAAAUCUCACACACCCCAGAAUCACACGCAGACAAACUCCAGAUAUGCUCUUGCACCUUUUUGCAUGCACAAUUGUUUCUUUUCUUUUUAAUCUUUUUUCCUUGAAUUAAAUCGGUGAGGAGCUUGGUGGAAGUUUGUAGAAGAGGCAAACUGAUUCAGCAAAGGGUUUUCUCAAUUGGGUUUUUUUAUUCCUUCUUGGGUGAAUUCAAGGCUUUGUUGGCUUCAGAAUUAUCAGAAUCACCAAUUUUAGGGAUUCCCUGGAUGAAUUUUGGAUUAAUUGGGGUAAGUACUUUUCAAAUGGUUUAAUCUGUUGGGAAUAGUUUAGAAUUUUAUGUUGGAAAAGGUGUGAUUUUUGUCCUCUUUUUGUGGGUUUGAUGAAAGUUGUGGGAGUGGUGUUGGGGUGCGUUUAUAGGGUCAAUGGGAGUGACGCAAUUAGUUUUUGAGCUUUAGGAACAAGACAAAUUCAUGUGUAAUAAAGGGACUGUGGUUUUGAGUGAAUCAGAAUUGGAAUCUGAGUGUCCCAUUAAUCAAGAACAGCAGCAGCAUCAAGCUGUGUACUUGAUGGACAGCCCGACUGUGGCUUCUGGUUCUGCCCCAAACUUGAAUGAUGAGAACCCGCGUAUUAAGUUCUUGUGUAGCUUUGGAGGUAGCAUAUUGCCUAGGCCUCAUGAUGGGAAGCUUAGGUAUGUGGGUGGGGAGACGAGAAUUGUGAGCGUUCCACGUGAUAUUACAUAUGAGGAGCUUAUGGCAAAAAUGAGGGAGCUUUUCGAGGGGGCUAUGAUUUUGAAGUAUCAGCAACCGGAUGAAGAUCUUGAUGCUCUUGUCUCUGUUGUGAAUGAUGAUGAUGUGACCAAUAUGAUGGAGGAGUAUGAUAAGUUGGGUGCUGGUGAUGGGUUCACUAGGCUGCGGAUUUUUUUGUUUUCACACUCUGAUCAAGAUGGAACUAUGCAUUUCAUCGACGGGGAUGAGAGGGACCAUGAGAAGAGGUAUGUGGAUGCUUUAAACAGCCUUAAUGAAUCCCCCGAAUAUAGAAGGAAUCAUCUUAUGGACAACCAGUUUGUUGGUCCAUUAGAUGAUGCCCAUGUUGUUGCGGAGCAGUUUUUAAGCCAACUGAAUCUUGAAGGUGUGGUCCAAAACCAGCGGAACACUGAGAUGCCUAUGCCACAAAUGAAUCUUCGACAACUGACAAUACCUACUUUAGUUUCAGGACAGCCUCAGCAAACAGCUAGUCAGCGUUACAAUGAGAUGGAUGCUCCAUGGAGUCCUGCUUACUACUCCCCUAGGCAACAUGGGCACCAGGACCCAAGACAGGUGGCAGAAUUUCCAACUUCACCUUCGUCGGGACGCUACCGGGCCCAGUAUAAUGAGUUCUCGGACAAGAGUUUUGAUAGGAUGCCUGACGUUCAAAUGAACCAUCAAUCCCUGUAUGAACACCAGCCUCAAUAUUCAGAGAAUUUAGCCUUGUACACCAGUGACAAGGCUGGUUUCCCUGGUAACAUACUUCAUGGUGCAAAUGUCUUUGAAGGAAACAGUGUUUGUGAACAUUGUCGAGUUCCUUUCCAGAGAAAUCAAGUUUAUAAUGAUGCUCCUUGGAAGCCUGGGGAACAUCAACAUUUAGAGCCACCUGGGAAUGGGUUUCAUCAAGCCACUAACCCAUGUGCUGAGUGCCCUCCAAAUAGGGAAAUUCUCAUGUUGAACACAGAUCCAAACAUGCAUCAUAUAUACUAUCCUAGGGACCAGGAUCCUCGACAACUCUAUAGUGAAAGUCAGAGUCAUGAUAGAGGAUGGCUUUUGCCACAUCAGUCGAAUACCAGGCCUGAGGAACCAAGACCACAUGUUUCUGUUGCUGGAAGGUUGAGUGAUCACUACAUUGUUGAUAACAACGUGAGUAUCUCGCAUGGGCAUGUAAAUGUGUCUGAUUCUCUAUACAUUCCAUCACAUUUUGUCCAUCCAGAUGACCCUCGCUAUAUCCGAUCUGGUCCAGAGAUGAGCCAAAUCUUUCAUGACUCAACUGUUGCAACAGGAUCUCAUAUACAUGGUCAACCCUCAGAUGAAAGAGGAGUUCGGUAUGCGAAUCCACCUUAUGCUUAUGCUCCUGAUAGUCAUUACCCUGUUACAGGACAUACACCUGCGCAUGCUUUAUGGAGAAACAUUCAUGGCCCAAUGCAUGGGGGUCUUUCUUAUGAAGGAUCCAGUUCCCCUCAGUUGCCUGGUGGUUUGGUCAGUCCUGGAUAUAUUAGAGUGGAAGGCAGUCCUAGUUUGCGAGCUGGGUUAGAGAACCAGAAUCCUUGGGUAGACUCCUCUCAGAAAGUAGUGGGUAAUGAUGGGUCUCUACUACCCGACUAUCCUAAUGGCCACGCACUAAAAUUGUUGCCCACUACUUACAAUCAGGAGAGCCAGCUUCUAUAUAACACAGAACCUGUCAGAUCUAACAUUGAUGUGCUAAAUAUUGCUACUCCAACAGAUCCUUUUAUGAGAUCUGAUUCAGCACCAGCAGUAAAUGACAAGCUGUUUUCAUCAGCCACUUCUAGAGGAGAACCAAGAAUUGAGACUGAUGUUUUGAGACCAGUUUGGGUGGAUAAUACUGUUGAAGGAGGGCAUAAAGAAGCAAUUCAUCUGGAGAAGGCUGAAGAUAUUGGUGUUUUAUCCCAUCCUAAGGGAAGUAAAGACUCUGAUAAUGUCCAAUUUCCUGAAUCCAUCACUUCUGGUCCGAUGGUGCAUGGUGCAAGAAGCAAUGGCACUACAAAACCUGAAGAAAAGGAUACUUGCUUCCCUCUUGAAAGGGAACAGUCUGAUGACCGUUUAAGCUGCUUACCUGAAUUGAUUGCAUCUGCAAAAAAGGCCACCUUAGAUAGUAUUGAAGAGGUGAAAGCUAAAGUUCAAGAUAUUACUGAUCCGCGUGUUGAGCAUGAUGCAGCAGUAAAAGAAGAACAUCAAAAUGAGGCAGAUGCAUUGGAUGCUCAAGGUGACUUGGAGGUAGAUUCUGACAAUGAAAAUUCAAAUAGUCCCAAGAUUGAGCUAACUAAAGCUGAGGAAGAAGCUAUCAAUCGUGGAUUGCAGACAAUAAAAAAUGAAGAUCUGGAGGAGAUCCGUGAAUUAGGCUCGGGCACAUAUGGUGCUGUUUUCCAUGGGAAAUGGAAAGGAUCUGAUGUAGCAAUAAAGAGGAUAAAGGCCAGCUGCUUUGCUGGAAGGCCAUCUGAAAGAGAACGUUUGAUUUCAGAUUUCUGGAAAGAGGCUCUGAUAUUAAGCUCACUACACCAUCCAAAUGUUGUUUCUUUCUAUGGUGUCGUCCGUGAUGGCCCCGGUGGAUCCUUGGCCACUGUGACAGAGUUCAUGGUCAAUGGAUCUCUAAAACAGUUCCUACAGAAAAAAGACAGAACAAUUGACCGUCGGAAGAGACUUAUGAUUGCUAUGGAUACUGCAUUUGGCAUGGAAUAUCUUCAUGGAAAAAAUAUUGUGCAUUUUGAUCUAAAAUGUGAAAAUCUGUUGGUCAAUAUGAGAGAUCCACAUCGACCAGUGUGCAAGAUUGGUGAUCUUGGCUUAUCAAAAGUAAAACAACAUACUCUGGUAUCGGGAGGGGUUCGUGGGACAUUGCCGUGGAUGGCACCUGAGCUCCUUAGUGGUAAAAGCAAUAUGGUAUCUGAAAAGAUUGAUGUCUAUUCAUUUGGUGUUGUUAUGUGGGAGCUGCUAACUGGUGACGAGCCAUAUAAAGAAAUGCAUUGUGCUUCCAUAAUUGGUGGGAUUGUAAACAACACGUUGCGUCCACAAAUACCAACUUGGUGCGAUCCUGAAUGGAAAUCAUUGAUGGAAAGUUGCUGGGCGGCUGAUCCAGCAGAGAGGCCAUCAUUCUCAGAAAUAUCCCAGAAGUUGAGAAGCAUGGCAGCAGCAAUGAAUCUGAAAUGAUAAUGAAUAUAUUGCAGCAACCAUUUGCUUGUUUUGUACGAUUUUGUUCAUUUUUGAGAGGAACAGAUAUACUUCAACAAAGCCUGAGGAGAGACGUAAUUGCAUGAUCAGACUGUUGUCAAACAUAGUGGUGUUAAGAUGGCAAGGCUGUUCUUCCAAUAUGGAAGCCUUUUUUAUCUCCGUCUUGAGGUUGAAUUGUCUUGCUACUGUACAUAGUUUUAGUUGCUAUACAUAGGGAACUACUCCUCUGCUCCAAAGAUUUAGUUCCAAAACUUCCAGCUAUGUUUACACUCUUGUUUUUGACAAUAUAAUUUACCCAAAUUUCCAAUUAGGAAUUGCAUUGCACCAUCAAUGUGGAAAGUAUACAACGUAAUUGAUCAACUUUUCCACUCUCUCUCUCUCUCUCAACUUUGUUCAAGAAUGUUUCUAAUGAUGCAAAACUGGCCAGAA